AUGUCGAACUUUCAAAAGAAUUCCCAAGUUCCCGAUGAGACAACCAAUAACUUCAAUUCCUUAUCUACACCACCUAUCUUUUCCAGUGACCACUCAUUUCAAUUUGAAUCUGAUAUUAUGGAGCCAUUAGCUAUAGUUGGCCUGUCUUUUGAAUUCCCCGAAGAUGCUACUUCGCCUAAGGCAUUCUGGAAGAUGAUGGCAGAGAAAAGGAACGCUAUGACAGAGAUACCAAAAGAUAGAGUGAAUAUAGAUGCAUUCUAUCAUCCAGAUAAAGCUAGAGUCGACACAGACCUAGCUACCUUCGAUGCCCCAUUUUUCUCGAUAUCACCAGCAGAAGCCGCUUCUAUGGACCCACAACAAAGAUUGAUGCUGGAGGUCUCAUAUGGGGCCCUCGAGAAUGCUGGAAUACCACUGGACUCCAUCAAUGGAUCAAAAACAGCAGUAUUUAGUGCAUCAUUCUGCGAUGACUUCCGAAUAAUGUCCUUGAAGGACCCAGAAAGAUUAUCCAAGCACGCAGCGUCCGGAAAUACAUUCUCAAUUCUCGCAAAUCGGAUUAGCUGGGCAUAUAACUUGAGAGGUCCAAGUAUGCAUGUCGACACAGCUUGCUCCAGCAGUCUAGUAGCUUUACAUCUUGCAUGCCAAAGUCUGCGGAGCAAAGAAUCUUCCAUGGCUAUCGUGGGUGGUUCAAAUAUUAUCUCUUCUGUAGAACAAUUACUUCUUCUGUCAAAUUUGAAUCUUGUGUCACCUGACAGCAAAAGUUACAGUUUCGACUCCCGAGCAAACGGCUACGGGAGAGGAGAGGGAUGUGGCGUUAUUGUUGUCAAACGACUGUCAGACGCUAUAGCACAUGGCGAUACUAUUCGUGCCGUUAUUCGUGCCACUGGGACUAACCAGGAUGGGAGAACAUCUAGCCUCACGACUCCAUGUCAGGAUGCACAAGAGGCUUUGAUUAGGGAUACUUAUGAAUCAGCUGGUCUAGAAUUUCAUAGCACUACCUUUUUUGAAGCUCAUGGAACUGGAACUGCAGUAGGAGACCCUAUUGAGGCAUUGGCAAUUGGCCGAGUUUUAGGAGAGGGUAGAUCAUCUACUAACCCCAUAUAUGUUGGUGCGUUAAAAUCGAACAUUGGUCACUUGGAAGGAGCUAGUGGAAUUGCUGGCCUCAUAAAAACCAUUUUGGCUUUGGAAAAAGGUGUCAUACCUCCAAAUGCCAAUUUUGAGAAGCUCAAUCCCAAAAUUGAUGCCAAAAAAUUGAAUUUAGCAUUUCCACAAGAAUGCAUACCAUGGCCUGUUGAUGGUCUGCGAAGAGCUUCUAUCAAUUCCUUUGGGUUGGGUGGUUCUAACGCUCAUGUUGUUCUCGAUGAUGCAUAUAACUUCAUGACUAUGCGUGGUAUUUCUGGAAACCACCAGACAGCAGGCUUUCGACCCGCUAUCGAUAGUAUAAUCUCGCCCACUUUGCCCGGGAUGCUAUCUCCACACAUCGGCCAAUGGGAUGAUAUAGCUUCUAUUCGAGAAUCAAACCCGGAAGGUUCUGUAAAAUGGGAAUCUGGAAGCAGCCAAAUUAUCAUCCGGCCCGCAUCUAACACUGACAUUCCGAAAUUGCUCAUCUGGUCUACUUCAGACGAGAAAGGAAUGGAGAAGAUGUCUAGAGACUUUGCAGAGCACUUCUCUGAUAUCAGGGACGAAACGCCCAAGAACUCUUCCUAUAUGGCUGACCUUGCAUAUACACUGGCAGUUCGAAGGAGUUCAUUGAGCUGGAAAUCAUUCUCAGUUUCAAGCUCAGUUUUGACCCUUCGAAACCUAAAAUAUACAAUUUCAAAACCAGUACGAUGCCGGAAAGAGCAGGGCCUUGGUUUCGUGUUCACAGGUCAAGGCGCGCAAUAUGCCAAGAUGGGUCAUGAAUUGAUGGCAUAUCCCGUUUUCCAUGAAUCGCUCAAGGUGUUUGAAAGUCAUCUUAGCAAUAUUGGAUGCAAGUGGUCACUUUUAGAGGAGCUGCUGAAAGAUGACGAAGCCUCGAAGAUCAAUAAUUCAGAACUGAGCCAGACAAUAUGCACAGCGAUGCAGGUUGCCAUAGUGGAUCUCCUCCACAGUUUUGGAAUAUUCCCAGCAACUGUUAUUGGCCACUCUUCGGGAGAAAUUGCCGCUGCUUAUGCGUCUGGAGCACUUUCUAUGUUGUCAGCUUGUAAAGUGGCAUACUUUCGGGGCAAGUUGGCGGAAGGUCUUGCGCAUGACACAUCUCGACACGGUGCUAUGCUUGCUGCAGGAUUAUCAGAGACUCAGGCUAUGGCUUACAUAGAUUCACUGUUAAGAGACUGUCCCUCCGUACAUGUUGUGGUGGCAUGCAUCAAUAGUCCUAAAAGCGUCACAAUUUCUGGCGAUGAGGCGGGCAUAAGCAAACUCAAGCAGAAAUUAGACGCAGAAGGAGUGUUCAACCGGAAACUAAAAGUCCCUGUCGCUUAUCACUCUAGCCAUAUGAAUCAAAUUUCUGAAAGAUAUUUGUCGAUGAUAGAUGGAUUGGAGUCUAACAAAAAUUCUCUGCGGGCAGCUAUGAUAUCCUCUGUUACAGGAUGCGAAGUACAAUCCGACCAGCUCAAGAAAGCAUCAUACUGGGUGCAAAACAUGGUGUCUCCAGUCAGAUUUUCAGAAGCCUUGAUUAAGGCAGUUACAUGUUCUGGCUUUUUCAAAAAUAGUAUCCACUUUGGACAACGCAAAAAGCGUAAACUUUUCGACCUUCUCGAAAUAGGUCCGCAUUCCGCUCUCCAAGGUCCUAUAAAGGACACACUUGCUACAAUCGCCAAUGGAAAAGAAGUGAGUUAUGGCUCGGUGCUGAAGCGCAAAUUAGAUGGAAUCACUACCUUGCUAAAUGCUGUUGGAUCUUUGACUUGUCUCGGAUACCCCGUUGAUAUCGAAAAGGUCAAUAUGGCUGAUCAACGGAGUCAACCAAAAGUCUUGGCGGAUUUACCCUCAUAUCCCUUCGAUCAUUCUACUCGGCAUUGGCACGAGAGUGAUCUUGGAAAGAAUUAUAAACUUCGCAAACAGCCUCGUUUAGAUCUUCUGGGGACGGAAAUUGUGGGUUCAAAUGCACAAGGCAUGAAAUGGCGAAAAAUAACCAGGGUUUCAGAGACACCAUGGAUUCAAGACCACGUAGUAAAUGAGUCAACAAUAUACCCGGCCGCUGGUAUGCUUGUGAUGGCAAUCGAAGCUGCAAAACAAAUCGCCAGCCCCGGUGAGAGCGUAAAAGGCUACCUGAUUAAGAAUGCCUCCUUCCUAGCUCCCUUGCGCGUUGCGUCUGAUGAUCACGGCGUUGAGUCAGUUUUUCAUAUAACUCCAUUGGAGGACAAAUUUGACAAGACAUCCCUGUUUGCCGAGUUCACGUUGUCCACACUGCAAAAUGAACGAUGGGAGGAGAACUGCCAUGGAAUGAUACAAGUUCAAUAUGAGUCGCUAAAGGAAAGCCUUAACCCAACUUCGAGUUCCAAAGCCAGUGUGGUCAGAGACGCGGUUGAAGCGGGCGUUACGAGGUGCAAUCAAACCAUAGAAGCGGAUCAAAUUUACAAGAAAUUUGAUGCCACGGGGUUAAAAUUUGGCUCUACUUUCCAAUCCUUGGACAAAAUCUCCACAGGGCCAAAUUUAGAAGCUUGCGCAGACGUUGAAGCAUUCCGAUGGACAGCUGUGGACGAUUCAAACCAUCGUCAAGAUCAUAUUAUCCAUCCUAUUACAUUGGACGCUAUGCUUCAAACCAUACUAGUUUCUCUCGCCCAAGAACAUAAAGAUAAGUUGCCAACAGCUGUUCCUACCCAUGUGGCGUCAGUUUGGAUUGCAGGCACUGGCGUUAGCUAUCCAAAGACUGAUACCAUUCGCGUGUAUGGCAAGAUCGAUGAGGACAUACCCCGUGGCAAUAUUUCCACGGUGUACGCUGCCGAUUGUGAUACUGGAGAAGGUAUGGUAGCUAUUUCCGGACUGGAAACCACAUUUGUGGAUUCCGGGAGCAAUAAAGACGAGAUUAUCAAGCAGCAGAAGCUUUGUUACAACAUUGAUUGGAAACCUGAUAUCGAUUUGUUGGACCAAGCCAUGGCUAGAGAAUACUGCCGAAAAGGUGUUCCGAUAAAGGAUCUCUCGCAGUUUUAUGAAGACAUGUCUCUAUUGUUAACCCAUUUCAGUCUUGAAAUUCAAGCAAAGGUGGAUUCCACAGAAUUGGACGGCACAAGACCACAUUACCAAAGGUACGUGCAAUGGAUGAAUGAAUAUACUGCGAGCUUAGGGCUUCCAGCGAACCAGCAAUAUGACCCACAAGGUUCUACCGGUCCCGCUGAGCUUGAAGCAAUCGAUUUGAUCAUGAACAGUGUGGAGAAUGCGAAUGCCGAAGGGGAAAUAUUCGUCGAGGUUGGAAGGAAUAUCGUCAAUGUCCUCAAAGGAAAUGUUGAUCCCCUAGAGAUCCUCUUCCAGACGGAUCUAGCAUCAAGGUAUUAUCAAGAGGUCAACAUCAGAGUCGAGACGACGCUAGCUCGUGUAGUCGAAUUAAUAGCCUACAAACGUCCUGGGCUAAAAGUCCUCGAGAUUGGCGCAGGUACGGGAUCCACCACUGAUCAUAUCCUGAGAUCUGCCCUCAUCAGAGGAGCAGACAAUGAGGCUACAAGUGCAAUCUCGGAGUACGAUUUCACAGACAUUUCCCCAUCAUUUUUUGAAGCCGCUAGGCAAAAGUUCGAAAAUGAAGAACCUCGGUUUCAAUUCUUGCUCUUGGAUGCUUCAAUCGACCCAGAAGAACAGGGAUGCGAGGUAGGAAGGUAUGAUCUCGUCAUAGCUGCUAAUGUGCUCCAUGCCACUGAGCAACUUGAUAUUACGGUUCGCAAUGUACGCAAGUUACUAAAGAAAAAUGGAAAACUUGUACUAAUCGAGAUCACCGGGAACUCUUGGGCUCCUCAAUUCGUUUUUGGCACAUUGCCAGGAUGGUGGCUUAGCACAGACGAGUACCGCUCUUCAGGUCCUUGCAUUUCUAGUGAUGAGUGGAACAAUGUCCUACGUCGCAACGGGUUUUCCGGAACAGAUGUAGUCGUCAAUGACUGCGAUGAGCCUCAAAGCCAGGUAUGCAGUGUUGUCGUCUCUACAGCCAUUGAGGACAUUACCACCUCAAUGCUGCCGGAGACUGUUAUUGUUGUAGAAGACGGAGACGCUAAUACAGCUAUUACAAAAGAGUUGGUGAACAGACUUGGCUCAAGUGGAUAUAGAACGACAGGGGUCUUCCAGCUAUCCGAGCUAGCAAAUCAUGAUUUAACCAACAAAUUUUGCAUUUGUUUGGCUGAGCUCGGCUCGUCAUUAAUAGGAUCCCUCGAUGAAUCAACCUUUUAUGCACUGCGUUCCUUACUUACGACUUGCAAUGGCAUGCUGUGGGCAAAGAAAGAUUGCCAGAGUGACUCGGAAGCGAAAUUCAACAUGAUUGACGGCCUUGCUCGUGUUCUCAGAACGGAGUAUAGCGACCAAAAAUUCGUCACCCUCGCACUUGAAAAUAACACCAGUCCAGAAACCGUCACAAGGAACAUUUUUCGAGUAUUUGAGAAGGUUAUAUCAACAAAGGUCUGUGAUUUGGAUUUGGAGUAUCGCGAAAAUGGCAAUCAAAUAGUCAUCAACAGAGCCAUCGCAGCUGACUAUUUGAAUGCCCAUGCUCAAAAGUUCUCGGAACAGCAGCAUACAGUAUCGCAAACUAUAGGAAAGUCCCCGCCACUUCGACUUGAUAUGAGCAACGCAUUGCAAGCUUCAAUUUUCAUUGAAGACGAGAAGGAAACACAAAUCGGAUUCAAAGAAGUGGAGAUCCAGGUUAAAGCAAUUGCGUUGGAUCCAUAUGAUUGUCAAAGAGUAGUGAAGAUGGGUUCUGUUGGCUUCAUCGCAGGUUAUGCCGGUAUUGUGACGAAGUCUGGAGAAGAAUCUGACCUUCAAAUCGGUGAAGAAGUGUACGGCAUUGGCACUGGGGAUAUCAGUACAUUCAAAAGAAGCGACAGCAGGCUGUUCUCGAGGAUUCCAGUCGGGCAAUCUUUUGCAGAUGCCGCUGGAAUAUCGCUCCCUUUCUCGGUUGCGUAUUAUGCAAUGAUUGGACUGGCUGGAUUACGCAGAAAUCAAACAGUGUUAAUCCAUUCUGCGGCGGAUGCAAUUGGGCAAGCGGCUCUGCAGAUAGCCCAAUACAUGGGGGCCGUUGCUUUUGUGACCGUUGACUCAAUUGAAAAGAAGAUGCUGUUAUUGAAAGCUUAUAAUGUACCUGAAAAUUGUAUUUUCGACUCUCGAGAAACGAGCUUUGCCGAUCAUAUUCUCAAGAUAACAGGGUCUGGAGUUGAUGUGGUAUUAAACUCUUUGCCUGAUAGUGGACAACUUGCCUCGGCAGAAUGCACCAAACCAUUCGGCCACUUCGUUCAGAUGCAACAACAUGAGCUUCGAAUCUCAAAAGUAAUCACAGGUAGAAAACUAUCCGUUCAUAGUCAGGAUAUGGCCCUUGUGGCAAGGGCUCAUCCCGAGCAGAUUCGUAGGUCACUCGAAGCAAUAUCUUUGCUGGUUAGAGGAGACAUUGUAACACCAGCAUCUCCCUUAAAGACUCGUCCAGUUUCGGAGAUUGUUGAUGAACUCCGAGAAUUAAAUAGUGAGAAGCAAGUGGGACAGACUGUGAUUACGGUCUCCCAAGAUGACUACGUGGAGUCUUUGCUCACAACGAAUCCGGAUUAUCAAUUUGAUGAGAAUGCGACCUAUAUGAUAGCUGGAGGUUUCGGAGGUCUUGCAAGAAGUCUCGCUCGUUGGAUGGCUGGUAGGGGGGCUAAGAAUUUACUUCUACUCUCCCGCUCCGGUCCGCGAAUUGGGCCAGCUCAAGAACUGAUUAAAGACUUGCAAAGUCAAGGAGUUCGCAUCGAGUGCCCAAAAUGUGAUGACUCCACGUUUGAGCAAAUGAGUUACGAUCAAUGGUGCACAACAAUACAGCCUCGGGUCCAGGGGUCCUGGAAUCUUCAUUCGCUGUUACCAAAAGGGAUGGAGUUCUUCAUCUUACUCUCUUCCAUAACGGGAGUUGUAGGUACUGGAGGACAAGCCAACUAUGCAGCAGGAAAUACCUUCAUGGAUGCGCUUGCGCGCGCUCGACUCGCAGCAGGUGAAAAGGCAGUGUCCCUAGACCUUGGGUGGAUUGAAUCUGCGGGAACAGUGGCUGAAAAUAAAGAUGUGGAGAAAGGGCUUGACUCGGCCGGCUUCUUGAUCCCGAUUUCACAAGUAAGUCUAUGCGGAAUACUCGAUUACUACUGUAACCCCGCUCGUAAUAUCAACGAGCUGAAUUGCCAAACUGUUGUCGGCGUUGCCACUCCUGGAUAUGCCAACACGAAAGGUAAAGACUUUCCUCAGAUCUUAAAAAGAUCAUUGUGGAGAGCACUCACAAUCGGCGGAUCGCAAGAUAGUAGCCCAUCUGGCUUGGCUACUGCGAAUAAGCAAUUGGACUAUGCGGAGCUCCUAUCUAAAGCCAAGAGCCUGCCAGAAGCUGUCGGAAUCGUUGAAGCAGGAUUGUUGAAGAAGCUAUCGGGUGCUCUGGGUAUUCCUGUGGAUAGUAUUGACACAACGAGACCGAUUCAUGUUUAUGGAGUUGAUUCGCUUCUGGCGGUCAGCUUAAGGGGUUGGUUUAAAAAGGAAUUCCGUUCCAACAUUUCUGUCUUCGAUAUUAUAGGCAAUUCUAGUUUGGACACGGUAAGCGGUAUGGCUGCAAGUAGAAGUCAAUGGUUUCGUGGGCCAGUCGAGGGGGUGACCAUGUAA